AUGUUAUCAUUUAUAGUGCCAGAGAUCUUAUUGUUAUAUGCAUCGGAUGAAUAUGAAUGGCACAGUUAUCUCAGUGAAGAGUUCUCACAAAUGCUAGACUACCCGUUGACUAUACAUCACAAACCUAUUGAACAUUUGGAUGAAGACUACCAGUGCUUUCAUGAAAUUAUAGUUAAGACAAACGCCGUUAUCAUUAUUAUAAGCAAAGAUCAACGAAUGCAUCUAUCAAUUGGUGUGACAAAUGAUAUUUUCAAAGUUCACUGGAAAAAUGCAUUUACAUUGUAUUUUACAUUACCAGAGUUUAUGGUGACAUCCAACGAGCACCUGGAGAUCUCAUUAAUUUGUGGUCACAGACAUUUAGGCACUCGUAGUCUAAAGUGUUUAAAACUUGAAGAUAAUCAAACAAUUUCAAAAAAUACAGUCAAUAAAGAUAUUAGAAAGUCAUCGAUGAAAAGCUAUAUCAGCGAUUCAGCCAUCGAUUACCACUUAAAGUCGAAAAGUAAUCAAAUGAGUUAUUACGAACAACUCAUAUUAAAAUACAAUAGAAGAUCACCAAUGAAUAGAUCCACCAGUUUUGACAAUAGUCGCCGAAAAGUGUACUUCAAUUCGUGUGACUUCUAUAUAUUGCCUGAGAUUAAUGAGUACAGCGAACAUAUGGCAUAUUUAACAAAUACUCGAUCUCUGGACAGAAAAGAGGACAAGAGGUAUGUCCUCUACGACAUUCCCCGGUCGGCCUCUCUCUCACACAUCAACUUUCAUGACAGACAAGUGUUUGUUUAA